AGGGGGGUUUAUAGAUCACGGUGGGUGACUUUACAAAGUACUGUUUCGAGGAAGAAGUAACUUUAAGUAACUAAUAAACUGCCCAAUGGAGUCCCACGAUAUUUUAUCACCAUCUCUCGAAUCUCCAGUGCGAUUUCGGCAACAUUCCAUUUUGCUCUCAUUUCAAAACCUGACAGCGUUAAGGGUUUCCCAGUACCAGAGCAAAACGAAAGCAGGUUGACGGUGUUCUGGUGUGCGGAACGCAGCGAUCCCACUUGCAGAGGCUACCACAUUCGACAGGGCAAAGAUGACGAUCUGCAACGUGACCAUCCCUAGAGAGGUGCAGGUCUUCCAGAUGGUGACGGCCAUCCCGACGUUCAUCCUGGGCUUCCUUGCCAACUCCACCUUACUGGUUCUGUUCUUCCGGCAGAGGAAGAACUGCAGUGACAUGAUGGUGUACCUCGCCAACAUCGCCCUGGCCGACAGCACUGCGCUGGUGUCGCUGCCCUUCAGGAUGUACUCCUACAGCAACCACUGGCCCUUCUCCGUCAGCUCCUGCCUGGUGUUCGUCUCCACCUACUUCGUCAACAUGUACGUCAGCAUCUUCACCACCGUGGCCAUCAGCGUGGUGCGCUUCGUGGCGAUUAAGUACCCCUUCAAGGCCAAGGCGGUCAUGUCCCCCUGGAAGGCCCUGGUGGUGUGUGUGGGGAUCUGGGCGGUGAUUGCUUCUCUGAGCGCCAUGUUUCACUCGGUGGAUGGUCCUGAAGCCAACGCCAGCAACUUUAGAUGCUUCCAGAAGAACUCAGAGCGGCCACUGCCACUCUCCUUCAUCCUGACGCUGGACGUGGUCGGCUACCUGCUGCCAUUCGUUGUCAUUACGUACUGCACGGCUAACGUGAUCCGUACACUGUCUAGGAGAAUCGACUCCAGCAGCAGUGCGAAGAAGAACGAGUCCAUCCACAUCAUCGCCGCCAACCUGGCUGUGUUCAUCGUCUGCUUCUCCCCGCUCCACUUUGGCUACCUGUUGAAGUUCCUGGCCGAGACCUACUGGGAGCACAACUGCGAGCUGCAGCAGUUUGCUCAUUCGUUUGUCCACGUGGCCAACAGCCUGGCCUCCACUAACUGCUUCCUGGACGCUUUCAGCUACUACUUCCUGGCCAAAGCCAGCUGGGGGACUCUUAGAGAGGCAUGCUGUGGCACCCAGCGCAGGGAGAGAGGAAGCAUAGUCAUCUGACACAGGGAGGGGGGAAUAUUGAACUCCUCUCUUGAUGAUCACUCCUCUUUCUCUUCCCCCCACCUGCUUGCAGUAUUAUCUCUGCUCCUGUGCCCUCCCUUUUCACAAGAUUUAAAAGACUGGAUGCCCAGUGCUUUGAGGCCCAUCCUUGAGUAUUAGUGGAUGUAUGUGCAGAUGCUGCUGUAGACCUCACCCUCACGAGUACAUCGCAGCAGAACCUCACCGCAGCAGAACCUCACCGCAGCAGAACCUCACCGCAGCAGAACCUCACUGCAGUGGACCUGGCCUGGACUGGGCCAAGACUGCGUCCUGAUCUGAGCAGAGCUGUUGCCGGGCCGGCUGUCGACUGCAGGAUGCAGAGUAUCUCUGCUCUUCUGGCGAGUCCACGUGGCACGUGCCGCUGGAGCAACCGGUGGGCUCCACAGAAAACCUUCACCUUGGGCCCAGUUAAAUAACUUGAAUCAGAUUUUAUACAAAGAACAAGAAAAGACUAUUCUUUCCAAUAUAUGCAUGGUGUUUGUUUGUUUGUAUGUUUGUUUGUUUUCGUAUGUAUGUAUAUGUUUUAAUACUGCAAGGAAAUUUGUUUGUUUGCCUGUACGGUAAGAGGAAAUUAUGUCGUUCAGCUGAACGAGCGCACUUUAGGUCUCGUGGAGAUCUGAGACCCAAACAGGAAGUGGCUUUUUGAUCUGAGGAGAUAUAUCAGAUGGUGCUAAUGUCGCUAGCUCUCAGGGCGGGGGGUAGGUUACAUCCUUGGUUGGAUAAAUUAUUUACCAAGAUUAUGCACCUCCUCCCUCCGCACAUGUAGCUCCUCUCCUCCACGGAGGAGAAACCAAUGAUCUGUCUGUCUGAUCCGAAUGCAUUUCACUAGAGGGGUUUACUUUUGGUGCUUGUAAUGCAAAGAUUAGCAGAAUCCCUUUUUUUUCUAAUGUUUGCAUGUUGACAAUUCUUAAUGUCUGUUUUGCUGUCCUUCAAACAAGCUUUUUGGAACACCCCUAAAUAACAGCUAAUGCUAAGAUGAAGCCAUUGAUGUUUUCCCAAAUGAUCGAUGAUUGACACAUGGCUGGGGCAGACAGCAGAGCAUUCCCUGGUACAUGGACUUCAUCGACCUUCCUCCAGGGGGCAGUGUAAGUCAUUACAUCUAAUAACUACAAUGCAAGAAUCUAUCAAGUUCAUGUCUGUCUUUUUUUUCCCACUUUCUUUUUUUGCACUAUCCACGUUUGUAAAAAAAAAUUAAGAGUUUUUUUGGGCUUUUUAAUGCUUUUAUUUGGACAGGACAGUGAAGUGU